CGGCCGCCUCGCUUCCCCAGCGUGCCGCGCGCAAAGCCCGCGCGCUCGCUCUCUUCGCCAGCCUGCCUCGUAGUCGGUCUCCUCAGCGAGGCGGCGGCGGCGGCAGCCAGGGCAGCGACCACAGCCCGGGCGCGCACGGGCGAAGGGCGAGGGUUUGAGCGAGGCGGCUGAGUCCGACCAUGUCGGGCGAGGAGGAGACGGCCGAGCUGACGAUCGCGGAAGACGUGGUGGUGAACAAGUACAAGAUGGGGGGAGAGAUCGCCAACCGGGUCUUACGUACCGUGGUAGAAGCAGCAAAAUCAGGGGUGUCUGUCCUCAGCUUAUGCGACAAAGGGGAUGCCAUGAUCAUGGAAGAGACCGGCAAAAUCUUUAAGAAGGAGAAAGAGAUGAAGAAAGGUAUUGCCUUCCCCACAAGUAUAUCGGUAAAUAACUGUGUCUGUCACUUCUCCCCUUUGAAGAGUGACCAGGAUUAUGUCCUCAAAGAUGGUGACUUGGUCAAAAUUGACCUGGGAGUUCAUGUUGAUGGCUUCAUAGCAAAUGUAGCACAUAGUUUUGUCAUUGAUGCUUCAAAGGAAACUCCAGUGGCCGGCCGCAAAGCUGAUGUCAUUAAAGCUGCUCACCUCUGUGCUGAAGCUGCCCUGCGUUUGGUCAAGCCUGGAAACCAGAACUCACAAGUGACAGAUGCUUGGAACAAGAUUGCUCAUUCAUUUAACUGCACACCGAUCGAAGGAAUGCUGUCACACCAGCUGAAGCAGCAUGUGAUAGAUGGUGAGAAGACCAUCAUCCAGAAUCCCACAGACCAGCAAAGGAAGGACCAUGAAAAAGCAGAGUUUGAGGUCCAUGAAGUUUAUGCCAUUGAUGUUCUCAUCAGCACAGGGGAAGGAAAAGCCAAGGAUGCUGGGCAGAGGACUACAAUUUACAAAAGGGACCCUUCCAAGCAGUAUGGCUUGAAAAUGAAAACUUCCCGUGCCUUUUUCAGUGAGGUGGAGAGACGAUUUGAUGCUAUGCCAUUCACUCUCAGGGCAUUUGAAGAUGAAAAGAAGGCCAGGAUGGGGGUGGUAGAAUGCGCCAAACAUGAGCUGCUCCAGCCUUUCAAUGUCCUCUAUGAGAAGGAAGGAGAGUUUGUUGCCCAGUUUAAGUUUACGGUGCUUUUAAUGCCCAACGGUCCCAUGAGGCUAACCAGUGGCCCCUUUGAGCCUGAACUCUACAAAUCUGAAUUUGAGGUGCAAGAUGCAGACCUGAAGGCACUCUUACAGAGCUCAGCAAGCCGUAAGGCCCAGAAAAAGAAGAAAAAGAAGGCCUCUAAGAACGUCGAGAACGCCACAACAGGAGAUACAGCAGAAGAGAACGAAACCGGCGACUGACUCUGACUUCCUUUGCCUAGCACCUGAUUCUUUCUCUCACAUGCCUCUGCCCAAAACAAGAGAAACAAAUAUCCCUUAACGGCUGUUUGUCUCAUAGGACCAAAUGACAAACAGCCUGGACUUCCCACAGCGUGCAGCCAGCUGUGACUGACUUUGCCACUGAGGGAGGAGUCUAAGUAUGAAAUAAUAAAAUCAGGAGUCAAAACUAGUCCAUAUCCAAUCUUUCUAACAUUUGAUACUACUUGUGCUCAUUAGAGGUGAACGAAUGCAGUUUUGAGCAAGAGAGUGAGCUUUCCUUUAGCUCUUUCGCUUCCCCUUCCCCGUCUUUUUUUUUUUUUUUGUAACAAGUACUUUGGUUCAUUUGGAAAAUCUUUAGUCCCUUUCCCCACAGCUCCUGAAACAGGUAAAAAAAACAUUCUUGAGUUUAGAACUACAUUACUGGCAGUUAGUAUAACUUGCAUGCCUCCUUUCUAUUCUGAACUUCAGUUGUUUUUUUCCCAGCUUAAAUUUUUUUAAUCCCCCUACCCCUUGAACAUACACACAUUUGUCUUGAACCCUGAUUUCUGUUUUUAACAUUGUCCCAAAAUUGCUGUAAGCUCAUUUUUUUCUGUCACUUUGUGUCUAUAGACAUUUUAAUUUUUAAAAAUCUGUUCAUGUCACUUGUUGGCUUUUGAUUAUCAUCCUAGCACGAACGAUGCGUUUCUUUCCUUUGAAAACUCUUCCCGAGACACAUACCUACAGGAGCCUACCAGCUCUUGGUUAAGGCUUCCUGCAAGUCCCAAGGGAGCUGGUCCUUUGCUUUCACCUGUCCUGCAUGCACUUGCUUUUCCAAGUACUGAAACUUGUUGCUGCCCUAACGUUGCGUGAAGCAGGAUUUUUCGGAGGAGUUCCCUCUAUACGGCUUUUCUACAUGAAUGAAUGCAGUGCUACAGAAGUGGUUGGACCUGGAAUAGACUCCAUUUGUGGAAAUCUCUUUUCUAUAGUAUGUCUUUUUAAAUUGUCCAGCUGAAUUGUAUAUGAUUGUAUGGGUUUUUUUCUACCUUUUUCCAAACCAGGUCCUGUAUAGGCACUCAUUGUAGCCGAAUGGAAAGAUAUAUGCUUGUAAAGCUGCCCUGUGUGGAGGUGGACUGCCCGUGCGCUCUGGCAGGCAAAAGUCCUUUUUGACCAAUAUAUCUGGAGUUUAAUAUUUUAAAAAAGCAUAUAGUUACUACCAAAGUUUAAAUCCUCUAAAAGAAACUAAAAACAGAAUCUCUUUUUUUCUUAACUACUUUUCCAUCACUCUUUGUAAACUUUCUGUUUUGAUUUCUAAUUUCUCUUGCUCUUUUGUAAGGAUUGCUUUCAGUGCUGAGUCUAGGAGGUAAAAUGAAGACUGUUGAACAGGCUGAAUCACAUAGAAACAGUGAGCUUGCUCAAAGAUCAUGCACAAGACCUGCAAUUAACUGCCAGUUUAGUUUUAAAGGCUCCCAAUUGUUAACCGCGAACUUAAGGGAGAAAGGUAGAGGGUGGGGGAGAGAUAAGGAUACUUUGUUCCUGCCAAGGAACAUUUUAGCAUUUAUAAGUAAUACAUUUUCUUAUUGCCCUUCCAUAAAGGGAAGGCUGAGUUCAGCCACCUUAACCAGUUUAUAAACCACUAAGACUUGCUGGCGGUUUAUUUAAUUUUUCUAUCUUUAUUUGGAAUUUUAAGGCAAUUGUAUCUCUUGGUUAAAAAAAAAUGGCAGUUGGAAAUUUUGGAACAAAAUUCCCACAAACUGUUCUGUAAUUUGAUUUUUUUUUCCAAAUAAAAAUUGAUUAGUGACAACUCUG